UCACUGCAACAAUGUUGAGUAUUCAUGAUAUCAUUGUUGACAUCACUGCACCAGUCCCUGAUGACGUCGAGAUCACGCCACCACCUUUUGAUGAAUUACAUGACUUAGUUACCGCAGGAUGCUGUUCGCUCAUGCCACCAGCGACCAAAGGACACAAAUACGCAGGACGGUGUCAGAACAUUAUCAUCGUACCGUCAUACGAAUCUACAAUAUAUUCUCAAUCUACUAUCAAUCUAACAAAACUACGGCUCGA